AUGAACAAACGCAGGCGGAUGCAAGCAAAGCGCAUUGUGUCCUGCAGGAGCCCUGUUCUGCCCCAAAGGACAGGGAAUGGGCGCGGGCUGCGAGCUCCGAGCCCUGGAGCCCGGCCCGGCGCUGCGGGACCGCUGUUUGCGGUCGGGCUUUGGGCUGCCCGGGGGCACAGAGGGCUGCGGCCCGAUGUGGGCACGGCUCUGCCCGCUGAAGCCUCCGAAUCUCUCUCGCAGGGGCUCGGCCGCUUCGCCCGCUCUCCGCGCCUCUCGCAGGCAUCGCAGCCCCGCUCGGACAGCGGCGCCGGCCCGGAACAGCCCCUCCCCUGCAUCACGGAGGACGAGGAAGAGGCGGAUGAGGUCUUCCAGCGCUCGCCCGCCGCCGUCGCCCCCCGCGAACCGCUGCUGCCCCCACGUAGCAGCCCCGCACGGCUCCCUGGCGCUCCUCGCGGAGAGGAGCGCGGUAGCCCCACGGCGCGGCCCCGGGGGGAGGCGGGGGGCGGCGGGGGCCGGAGGUCGGCUCGGCUCCUCGGCCCCUCCCUACACGCCCCUGGGCCCCCCGAGCUCAGCCCCAGAGUGGUGGACGGGAUCGAAGACGACGGGGGGACCCGGGAGGCGCGAACCUUCUGCUUCAGCGCCGCCCCUCGGCUGCAGGGCGCGUCCAGGGGCUCCCAGCCACCAGGGACUGCGGAGCGCGGCCCGGCGCUGGCGGCGGAGGUGGAGGCGGCGGAGCGCAGCAUCAUGCGGCUGAGCCGGGAGGUGCGGGGCCGCCCGGGAGUGCGGGUCUCACCCGCCCCGUCGGGGCUCACCGCUUUCCGUCCCCGUUGCAGAUCGCCCACCUCAACCGCGAGGUUUCGCAGCUCGGCCGGGAGCUGCAGCGCGUGCUGGAGCUGCUCCAGGGCCGCCCGCCGCCCCCCGCGGCAGGAACGGAAGUGGUGGACGGGUCCGGAAGCGGAACGGGUAAAGGCGGAAGUGAGGGCCGGGGCCUGCGAGACGCACCCGCGGCGGGGAGCGGCCCUGCGGGCGGCCCGGCUCCCGGAGAGCCCGCCCGGCUGGGGCAGGCGCUGCGCGGUGGGGACGGGGCGCGGUCUCGCGGGCGCCGGUCGGCUGUGUGCGGCUCCCGUGUCCCGGCCGCGCGCUUAG